CCCGCCCCUCGGCCGCCACCGCCUCCCCCGCCGGCGCCAUGGCCGCUGCGGUCGGGGACGGCGCGGUGAAACCGCUUCAAUGCGCCAUGAAGCUGGCCAACGGGGCCAUCGAGCUGGACACCGGCAACCGGCCCCGGGAGGCAUAUACAGAAUACCUGAGGAGCGUCCACUACAUCUCCCAGGUGCUGCUAGAAGAAGUGGAGGCCUCCAAAGAAGCUGGGGAAACCGUGACCCCUGACACCUCGAAGAUGCUGAAGCUGGCUGAGCAGUGUCUGGAGAGGGCCCAGUCGACAGCUGCCAAACUUGGGAAAACAUGCCUGAGGCCAGCCAUGCCUGUGGCUGCCCCCGUCCCCUCUCCUACCAGCCGACACCGCCGGGUGUACUCAGAUGAGGGAGGGAAGCUCUCUCCAUUUCUGCCGCCUGAGAUCUUCCAGAAGCUUCAGGUUGUAGAGUCACAAAGCUCUAAGAAGGAGCUGACACCCCUGGAGGAAGCCUCCCUGCAGAAUCAGAAGCUGAAGGCCGCCUACGAGGCCCGGAUGGCCCGUCUGGACCCCAGCCAGGCCAUGCAGAAGACAUCCCUGACCCUGUCCCUGCAGCGGCAGAUGAUGGAGAACCUGGUGAUCGCUGAAGCCCGGGAGAAGACACUGCAGAGGAAGAUGGAGGAGCGCCGGCUGCGGCUCCAGGAGGCCGCCAACAGGAGGUUCUGCAGCCAGGCUGCCCUGACCCCGGAGGACCGGGAGCAGCGGGCCCUCUACGCCGCCAUCCUCGAGUACGAGCAAGACCACGACUGGCCAAAGCGCUGGAAGGCUAAGCUCAAGAGGAGCCCAGGGGACCUGUCCCUGGUGACCAGCCUGGUCUCCCACCUGCUCAGCGUCCCCGACCACCCCAUCUCGCAGCUCCUGAAGAAGCUCCAGUGCGCGGUGUACCGGGCGCUGUACCCCGUCGUGAGCAGGGGCGCCGCCUCGGCCCUGGGCUGCCGUUCCCUGCCCCCCGACGCCGACGGGCUGCUGGAUCCUGGAAGCCGGCGGCUCCGGCCCUCUCAGAGCCUCUACUGCAUGCCCUCCCCGCCGGAGCCCAGCCCAGCCCCAAGGCCCACAGACGGCGCCUCCGCCAGCGCCCCCAUCCCCCCACCCCACCCCGGCAACCCAGACAGAGGGGCAGACGGCAGCCCCGCGGGGCCUCCCUCACCCCUGGCGGACACUUCAUCCGACCUGCCGGGCAAGGACAGCUCCUUCGGGGACCUGGAACAGUUCUUGGCUACUCCUGAGAGGAGAGGCCGGGGCCCUGGGGGGCGGCCUGAGCCCCAGCCCCCAGGGGUGAGGAAGGAGCCGUUGCUGGAGCAGCUGAAGGGCACCGUGCAGGACAUACACGACGCCAUCGACAGGCUGCUCUCGCUGACCCUCCUGGCGUUUGAAGGCCUGAACACGGCCGCCUCCAAAGACCGCUGCCUGGCCUGCAUCGAGGAGCCCUUCUUCUCCCCGCUGUGGCCCCUGCUGCUGGCCGUGUACAGGAGCGUUCACCGCCUGCGGGAGGCCGCCCUGAGCAGGAGCAUGGAGCUGUACGGGAACGCGCCCCCGGCGGCCGUCGGCGUCCCCACCAAGCUCCUCCCCCGGGACCCCGAGGCCACGGCAGCUGGCGCCUACCCCUACUGUGCCGCCGCCCAGGAGCUAGGGCUGCUGGUCCUGGAGAGCUGCCCCCAGAAGAAGCUGGAGUGCAUUGUGCGGGCCCUGCGGGUCAUCUGUGCCUGCGCGGAGAACUACUACCGGGCUCGCGAGGCUGCGCCCCAGCCGGGCAUCGCCGCCAUUGGCGCCGACGACCUGCUGCCCAUCCUGUCCUUCGUGGCGCUGAGGAGUGGCCUCCCCCAGCUGGUGUCGGAGUGUGCAGCCCUGGAGGAGUUCAUCCACGAGAGGUACCUGAUCGGAGAGGAGGGCUACUGCCUGACGUCACUGCAGAGCGCCCUGAGCUACGUGGAGCUGCUGCCCCGGCGGGCCCUGGGCAAGUAGCAGAGGACGGGCUGGCCGAGGACUGGCCCAGAGGCACCUGCAUGGGGCGGUGGGCUGGCCGAGGUGGGGCUCUCGCCCCCGCCUGACAUCAGCCCCUAGGGCUCAAGGAGGCCCCUGUGCUCCUGAUAGGAUGGGGCUGACCCGAGUCAGCUCCCAGGAACCAGGCCCUUCUCUUUCCUGUCCCCACCUGUGAGAGGCCCCGUGCAGGGAAACUGGGCUCCCCUGGGGCCUGCGCACUCCAAUGGCUCAGUCCGCUGAUGCCCUGCAGGCCCCGCAAGCCCAAGGACAGAGGGGCCGUGGGCCUGACCGAGGGCAGGUCUGCUUCUCUCCCUUCCCGUCCCCCGUGACACGCGGAGCCUGAGCCAGGUUCUUGCCUGAGUCGAGAAGAGAGCCUGUCACCCCACAAGAGGCCUGGGGCCCAGGUGGGUUUAGACUGUGCUGUUUAUUUAUUGGUCACUGACCACUGUGUCCCGGAGACCCAGGCGUCCCCAGGGCACCUGCCCACGUGUGGGAGCUCUGAGCCACACUCCCACCCUUGGCAAUGGGCAUGGACAUGCUGAGACCCCUGGAGAAUCCCCUCCCCCGCUCAGCCCCUUCAGGGUCGGUGUGAAGCCAAGGGUCGGAGCCUGCCGGUAGCCCCCCCACCUGCCCGCCCUGACUGUUACAGGCCCCUGGGCAACCACUCACCCAGCUGGAAAUAAAGAGGUCACUGCUGUCUCGGUCAGCGCGGUUCACCUGCUCCCCAUCCCACUGGCUGGGCGGAGGCCUGGGCAGCACAGCCACUCCCAGCCAACCAGCCAGAGCCAGACGGUCCCAGAGGCCCCUGGGACCAUCGCCAAGCCCAGCCCGCCUCCCAGACCUCUGCCCAGGAGUGGGAUCCGUGGGGCUGCUCGUUCUAGCACUGGACACACUCUGGGGGGCCUAGCAGGUUGGCAGGGUCAGAGGUCAUCACUGGGCAGGAUCUGAGCCCGGACCACUUCUCCCGAAGGGUUCCCAGGAGUCAUGUUGCUCUCCAGGUGGGGAACACACGCAGGUGGCCCGGCCCCAGCCCCAGGCAGCAUCUGUCACCACGGCAGAAGGUGGUGUGGGAGCAGCGUG